AUGACAGAACACGAAAAAUCCAUUAUUCCAAAUAAUAUUACAUUAUAUUGGAUGUCAGGUCAAAUAGCUUCAUGGAAAAUUCGUAUUGCACUUGAAGAAAAACAAUUACAAGGUUAUAAAAGUAUUAUGAUUAUUCAACCAGAUCAAAUUGAUAAAAAUGAUAAUUUCUGGAAGAAUAAUAAAUAUGGCAUUGUCCCUUCACUAAGAAUACAAGAUAUUACAUUGAAUGGUGUUUUACCAGUACUUUUAUUUCUUGAAACUUCAAUACCAUCAUUAUUACCUGAAUCUUCAUUAGAAUUAAAAGGUCAGGUACUCGAGCGUGCAUUUGAAACUCUAGAGUUUCAACGUAUAUGUUCUGAAGAUCUAAUUAGUUAUUUCUUAUCGUUUGAUGACUUUCAUACAUCAUACAUGGAUAUAGAUCUACGAGAAAAACGUGAAAAAAAACUAUUUUCUGAAUUAAUUCGUUGGAAUGAUUAUAUUAAACAAGUAGAUUCAGUGAAUGGCAUUGCUUAUACAUCAUUCACUCUAGCUGAUGUAUUAUUUUUUCCUGAACUAGCUUUAGCUGUACAAUUUGGUUUAUCACUUGAUUAUUUUUCUUGUCUUAGUAUCUAUUAUGAAACACUUUCAAAACGUCCGUCUAUACAUAAAACAUGGCCUUAUCAUUGGCUUCACACUAAUAUUAAAUAUGACUGGCUUUCAAAUAUCAAUCGAUUUGCUAUGUUUAAUAUAAAACAACAAAAAAUAAUUGAAUCAGUAUCAUAUAAAUCUAUUGAUCAAGAUAAAAAUGAAAAUAUGGAACUAUUAAGUCAAUCAUCUACGAAAACGAAAAGUUUUGAUGAUAAAAUGAAUGAAUAUGAUUGA